AUGAUGAGCUUCGAGCCUAUAAAUCAGAUUCACCAGCACAUCUGCGCAUUUCAUACCUAUGCCUCGGAUCGCACACGACACGUCGAAGCGCAUCAUUUCUGUACUUGCUUAAGACCAGACUUCCACCAGUGUAUCAUCUAUGACUCUGGUGAGAGGAAUGCCCGACUUAUUGGCGUCGAGUACAUUAUUGCCGAACAGCUAUUCAAUGAUUUGCCCCAGGAAGAGAAGAAAUAUUGGCACUCUCACAAGUACGAGGUGGAAAGUGGCAUGCUACAGCUGCAAGUAAAGAGCGCGGUUCCUCAUGUUGCAGUGGACGUCGCUGAGCAGCCCGCAAUGCUUGAGCUCCAGCGAACGUACGGCAAGACGAUACAUACUUGGGCUUUUGAUAAAUACCCUGAUCUUCCUCUCGGCCCACCUAACCUGAUGAUGUCUUAUUCCAAGGACGAACACGCGCCCCCAGCUGAAUUGAUCAAGACCAGGGACGAAAAAUGCGGCAUGGACACUGAGUCCAAACGUCUUACUCGCGCAGAAUAUUUGCCUCCCUAUCAGAAACAUCUGGAUUCCGACAUGUGGGAGAAGACUUCGAAAGCUCCCGUUUUCGAGCCAGUGGAGCAUGAAGUCGUUCUCUGA